AUGGAGAAUUCUCAAGAGAAAGCGAAUGGAAAUGGACUGGCUGAGAAUGGCCACAUCAAGAGGCACUCCCCUCAUCAGCCAAAUAUGAAGGUAUCUUUACCUUGGCUUGAUUUAAGAGUUUUUUAUGUCAGAGUUAGCAAAUGUGAGAUUGAUGAUUCUACUCCUGAGCACCUAACAAUGGAGUAUAUUCCACUUAACCGCGAUACUCUUCUUGAAGUAAAUGGUGUAAGAACUAGCAUUUAUUCCGAUGGUGUGUCAACCCUUCUUAGAAGAGACCGAUUGGAUAAGAAAUCCGAGGAAGUUACAUUUGUGAGUACUGAUGGUAUAAGGAUGACAGGGACUGUGAAGUUUGAGGUUUUUUAUAGGGAUGUUUGCAUGCUAUCUGGGGCAUUAGAAUUGUGUACUAGUAAUAGCUUCACUGGGGAAUUGGAAAAUCAUGGGCAGACGUGGGGCAUGAAUUGCGAGUCAGAUGUAAUUGCCUGUAGUGGCUUCUUUAAGUCAAAACAACAUAUGGGCCUGGAAUCAAGUUCCCCAGCAAUUGAAGUUUAUGUGGCUGGUUGUUUCAUGGGUAAUCCUAUUAUUUUGACCAAGACGUUGAAGCUUAGUUUUAGAAGGAAGCAAACGAGGAAUGGAAUGUUGAAAGCAAUACCAGAAUGUGAGGCAACUGAAGGCCAGAAAAAUGUUCCAUCUGAGCUUGAUUUACAGGUAGCAGACUAUGCGACUUACAAGCCAGAAAACGAAGAAUAUAACCCUCUUUAUUCAGGGAUAGAAUAUUUAGAAAGUGAAGAUGGAGAGCUAUCGUGGUUCAAUGCUGGCGUGAGGGUGGGUGUUGGAAUUGGCCUCAGCAUGUGUCUCGGAGUUGGGAUAGGUGUGGGAUUACUGGUUCGAACCUACCAAGGAACCACCAGAAACUUCAGAAGACAGCUACUAUGA